GCGACAAGGCCCAUGAACGAGCGUCGAAGGGUGUUUCCUCGCUCGUCACAAGUUCAAUCGUAUUUGCACCUGCGAAGUACCCAAACAGAACGCAGGACGUAUUUGUUAUUGAUUAGACUGUGGAUCGUAGCUUUCAACUUGUUGCUGUGUGUGUGGAGUGGUGCAGCUCAACGAAAGUUGGGAAGUCGUGAAGAGGACUACAGUGGAGUUUUCGCUUUACUGUUACAAGCUGGUUCGAGUAAGCAGUUGGUGAUUGUGAUCUAGCCAGAUAGCGACCGGCUAGGAUUGGACCGCUGUGUGUGUUCAUCAGAGGUACGACUUGGAUGACUUAAGACAUACAAAGACUGGAGAAGAAACCCAAAGUCUUGCAGUCAGCGUCAGUGUUUGAAAAACAAUCUCAGAUAGAAUUUGUUCGGCUGAAGCAGCAACAUAACGACAGAAUAAUUGGAUUUACCUCAUCGACAGGAGUUCCUCAUCAUUGUGAGAUGAGUCAGUGAGUUACCAUGGCAACAUGAAGGAAGUUUGUUGACUUUGAGGUCUGUCUAGCUUAUUAUAUAAUCUGUGAUACCUCAACUGUGAUACUACUCGCUGCAGACAGACCUUCACGAUGCCAGGAGGUGCGGGCGGAACCGGUUUUAUCCGGGUGAGACUACUGCAAGUGGAGAAGGGCAUGACCUUCGAGAAUAUGUACGACCCCUAUAUUGCCAUCAACGUCAAAGAGGCUAUAGACACCCCAGGCCGUGGAAUUCAGCUUGUGCAGAAGAAGAAGACUCUGUACCCUGAAUGGAACUCAUGUUUUGAUGCCCAUCUGUACGACGGUCGCGUCAUCCAAAUGGUGGUAAUGGAACGACCGAACCGCUUCCUUGCCGACGUGAGCCUUGGUGCCAGGGUCUUGGCAGAGAAAUGCGGCAACAGUAACAUGACGACUGUGUGGUUGGAUCUUCGACCAUCAGGACGUCUCCAAGUUCAGAUCAGAUUCUUCUCAGGAACAGAAGUUCUCAGGAAUGAUAGUCAGAUCAAAGAAUUACAGAAACCAAUGGAUGAAGUUGGUUCAAAACGCGGCUUCAUCAGGCGUGGAGCCAUGAAACAGCAGAAAGUUCAUGAGGUCAAGGGUCAUCAGUUCAUUGCCAAGUUUUUCCGUCAGCCAGUCUUCUGCUCCUUCUGCAAUGACUUCAUGUGGGGACUUAAUAAACAGGGAUAUCAGUGUAAAGCUUGCAACUGUGCUGUCCACAAGAAAUGCCAUGACAAGAUGCUCUGUGACUGCCCAGGCAGCGCGAAAGACAGUAGAGAAACAAAGAUGUUAACAAAACGGUUCAAGAUCGAUAUGCCGCAUCGAUUCCGUGUAAACAACUAUAUGUCUCCGACCUUCUGUGAUCACUGCGGCACCCUGCUGUAUGGCCUCUUCAGACAGGGACUCAAAUGUGAAGUGUGUUCAGUCAACUGCCACAAGAAGUGCGAGAAGUUCAUGCCAAAUCUGUGUGGCGUGAACCAGAAGCUUCUUGCCGAUGCUCUUGCUGACGUAUACCCAUCUGGAGGGCGCUCCAAACCUGCCUCAACAUCUCCUUCGACCGAUACUACAAUGACGGAGAUAGCUAAUGAGGCAGCAGCUGAAGAAGACAGUGACGAUGAGAACUACCAGGAGAUGUGGCGUAUGGGCACUGCCACCUCCCCAACCAAGGCACCCCCAAUCGCCCUCCGGAAGUACACACCAGAAGAGUUCAGCUUCCUCAAGGUGCUCGGCAAAGGCAGCUUUGGCAAGGUGUUGCUGGCUCAACUGAAGGGUACCGACAAAUACUACGCCAUCAAAGCCCUGAAGAAGGAUGUUGUACUGGAGGAUGAUGAUAUUGAGUGUACCAUGAUAGAGAGGCGGGUCCUGGCCAUGGGCUGUCAGCAUCCUUUCCUCACACAUCUACACAGCACCUUCCAGUCUAAGAGUCACCUGUUCUUUGUGAUGGAGUACCUGAAUGGCGGAGACCUGAUGUUUCAUAUACAAAUGAGUGGGAAGUUUGAGUUCCCCCGAGCACAAUACUAUGCAGCAGAAAUACUUUGCGGCCUUCAGUUCUUGCAUUCCCAUGGAAUUAUAUACAGAGACUUGAAGUUGGACAAUGUACUGCUUGACAAAGAGGGACACAUAAAGAUAGCAGACUUUGGCAUGUGCAAGGAGAAUAUAUUUGGCGAAAAACUUGCUACUACGUUCUGCGGAACUCCUGAUUAUAUUGCACCAGAGAUUCUGAAAGGCCAGAAGUACAACGCCUCAGUGGACUGGUGGUCAUAUGGUGUCCUGUUGUACGAGAUGCUGAUUGGCCAGUCUCCCUUCCAUGGCGAUGAUGAAGAUGACUUGUUCCACUCCAUCCUCCAUGACACCCCUCGCUACCCCCACUCCAUGUCCAAGGAGGCAGCGACAAUGCUGAGUCUGCUAUUUGAACGGAACCCUCAUGAACGUCUGGGCAUGCCAGGAUGUGUAGCUGGACCAAUCAGAUCACAGCAAUUCUUCCGCAGCAUUGAUUGGGAGAAACUGGAGCGACGAGAGAUGCCACCACCAUUCAAACCAAAGCUUAAAUCUCCUAGCGACAGCUCCAACUUUGACAUGGACUUCACAAUGGAGAAAGCUCAGCUCACCCCACCUGAUAAGGAUCUCUUGAAGACUAUGAACCAGAAUGUAUUCAAGAACUUCUCCUUUACCAGUGAAGCAGCGGGCUAACUCAACCAAUCACUGACAAGAUGCUAGGAAGAUGUAGCCAGUCAGGAGCCAGUAAAGGAAGCAACCAAUCACAGACAAGCACAUGGAAAGAAUUAACCAAUCCCGGAAAAGCAUUGCAAUUUAAUUAGGAAAAUACUUCCAUGUCUGAAUGUCUGAUAUUAUUGUUUGAAGGUUCAACAGUUAUGUGGCUUCAUAAAUGGAAAGUUGGUUUUGUGAACUGAUUCAAAUAUUUGCGAUAAAAUUGUGUGAUAAUCAGCCUAGUGGAUGAAUCAGUUGCUUUAUUAGAAUCUAUUAAUUAUUGUUUAAAAAGAGUCAUUUCCCAAAUAUGAACAUUCUAGGAAUUCAGGCUUCACAAAAUCGGUGAAGCAGAUAUUUUCAAAAUGGCUGCUUUUUUGAGAUUUUGACAUUGUUUGAAGUUGAAUGUUUAGUGUGCCUAUUGACUCUUAUAGGAGAGAUUCCACAUUCUCUUCACUGGGAGCAUACCUAUAUCAAGAUACCACAGGUUACAGCAGGGAUGUUUCGGUGCACUUGACCGUGAACGAUGUUACACAUUUUCACAUUGCAGUCAUUCGGUCAAGAAAACCCACAACUUCAUUAUUGACUAGCUUAAUGCACACACAAUAUGUCACUGACAAUGCUUGAUCUUGUGCCAUGAACACUUUCCAAGGAAGAAUUUGUCAUAAAAAUCAAGAUCUUGUUAAGUGAGGCAGCAUUAAAGGAAAAGAUCGGGUCAGUAGUCUCUGUUCAGCCAAUGGACAGUGUCUACUUUACAGUGCAACCAAACCUCUACUGUGGGUAUGUCCUUCCGCCAUGUUGUGCUGCAGUCAAGGUGAAAUCCAUGUCAAGGUCAAGGUCACAGGUAUAAAAAUGUCCCCAAUUCGGAGUUUAUGACCAGCUUCCUUUGGUCGUCAUGGAAACGUACCCCUACAAAGUCCUCAUUAAUGGAUUCCACGAUGCAAGUCCAACAAAAGUCUCACCACAAGUACAUGAUGGCAUAAUUGGUUCAGUCUGAGAUAACUGGAUUCAUGGACAACACUGGACUCAAAGCACAGUAUAACACUAUUCACUACCAUAUUCAGCAUAUUUAGCGCCCAGGGUGCACAAGAGGAGGAGGAUGCUCCCAGCAGCACAUUACCAUACCGAUGUACAGAUACAAGUUGAUACAAUGCUAUCAGUUGGAUCCACAUCAUGUUCAUUAUCAAUACAGUGGUAGAGGUCACGUCAUACAGAACAAUUCACCAUACGCUGAUGCCGAGAGCAAUGCAAGCUUGUUCCUGGAGUGGCCCUGAUUGUGAAAUAUGAAGACUCCCUCAAUUCGACAAACUCACACAGAAAGGUACAUUUAACAUCGAAAGCCAGGAUAUUGUUACUGAAGAAUAUGAAUGCAACAAGUUUUCCAUUCAGUUUAAAGCUCUGGGUCACAUUAAAAAAAUUCUAAUGGCGAAAGAAAACAAAGAUUAAAAGAUGGCAAGUAAUUAGUUAUGAGAUCUCAAGACAUACUCAUUUAUCAGCUCAUCUGAUUGGCAGGUUUAAAAACAUAAACAGGAUUUAUCUCACAAGUAUGCUGACAGACUUAAUGUCCAUAUCGAUAUGUGGUGAAUAGUCAUGUCCAUAUUUGUCAUGUAAAAUGGGCAGUUUUAAAUCUGUGUGAAUAUUAUACAUGUGUGACUCCCACCUUCCUACUUACAAACCCUCAAUUUUGAGGUAGUUACUCAGAAAACCAAAAGUUUUUUACAGUAUUUUUAUGUAUUUAUGCGUGUGUAAAACAUUUUGAAUAUCUGUUAUAUACAUAGUGAUAUGUUAAUGUUGUUUUUCUGUAUAUAUAACGAUGAAUAGGAAAUAGAGUGUUUUGACAAGAUGUAAAUUGUUCCAAUCAGAUUCAAGUUGCAUGUUGUGGAUGACGAUGAGAUUGUUUUUCUUCAUAUUUCCUUCUAUCUGUUAUGUAUAAGCACAUUUUACGUUAAAAAUUGUCAUUUAAUACUUUUUGAACUGUGAAAACGGAAUGUAAUUUCUAAAUAUUGUUAUAUAUAUUUCUUGUUAUAUAUAGUUGAUAGUAUAUAUGGACAAUUAUGAAGUGAUAAUUUAAAUAUUGUAAAAAUGUAAAUGUGCAUUCUUAAUCUGAAGAUGUAUUUUUAACAUGUAUCCUAUAGUCAAGAGAGAAAAAAAUUACUGUUAGUCAAGCAACAAAUUCUCAAUUUGUAACCAUUGUAGAAUCAAAGGGAGGUAAUCCUUUCUCCUGCUCUUAGAAUACCACUAUGAGCUGUAUUACUUCUGUAAUUUAACUUUCCUACUUAAAAUCAUAUUUAUUUAUGUUUUAUUUUGAAUCUGAGCUCUUUUGAAUCUUUACAUAAAUAAUUCAUAAUUUUAUUAAUUUAUUUUUCAAGGAGCUAUUUUGUGUUGCUUUUAACAAACAUUUAUUACAACAUUUUAAACUCAUUAAGAUCUCCAUUCCAUAACAUUCUUAUUCUUUGUAACAUAUUUUGUUUUGUGUGUAUGAGAAUAAGCUUUUGAAAUGCAUGUAAAACUAUGCUUGUGUAAUGCGUCCAAAUUAUCAGAUUGGUAUGUUUGUAAUAUUCACAUUCAUCUAUCAAUAUAACAUUUGAUAAAACUUAAGAACGUACCGUAUCUCUAUCCCAAAAUUCCAUGUAUUUUUGGGAAGUAAAAAAUGUCAAUCAAACUAAAAAUGUGUCAAAUUGAGGGGAUCUAUGUAAAUACUUGAGGUAUCCGAGGCUUUAUGUAUUACAAUAAUGGUGAAUUACAAAUGAAUACGCAUGGACCUACUGUUUACUUCGACACAUCAAAGUUUGAUAUAUGUUGUUUGACUGUAAUAUGUGACAUUGAUCUCAUUGAGAGAAAGAGCUGUCAGCGGUACCUGGUUAAAGAUUUAUACAAGAAUUUUGUGUGUUACCAUGAAUACUGUAGUACAAUCAUAUCAUAUGAUUCCGAGGAUGCCAUUGAAAGGGUAGUAGAAUAUAAACUGCCACGGAAUAGUUGCAAACCAUCCGAUAAUCAAAUUGUUUAUUUAGAUGAGAUUUUAAUGAAAUUGGGGUUGUACUGUCAUAUUUAAAAAAUAUCAGUUUAAUUUUAUUUGUUGUUAGAAUACUGUAUGAUAUGGCAUAAUAGUCAUUGCGACAUAUCAGUUACCAGCAGACAUUAACAUCAUGCUUUCCUUGCAACUGAUCUUACUUAUUACCAUGAUAUGUAUGUAAUCAGAAACUAUUCACAUUUUCUUUUGACAAUAAUCAUUUACUUGUUUUUGCUUAUGUUGUUGCUAUUGUGUUACAUUUCAAAAUGUACAGUUUUGAUUGACUUUGUAAAAUAUUAUUUACCAUAAUUAUUAUUAUUGUAAUUAUUGUUUCCACGCAGGAAUUUAACCCAAUCAUACCAUCUCAAUCACAAGUUUAUCCUAUUACAGUAUUGUGGUAACAGGGGACGGGUGCUAAUUGUGUCAUUUACAGAAAUCGGCAAAUCAAAGUACUCAUUUUGGUUUAAUGCUUUGUAGAACUUACUAGUAUUGAAACUGCUGAAUCAGCCUCUUAGGAUUAGUCCCUAAAGCCCUGGUCCAUGUUUCCUAAAGUGAUCUUAGCACUAUGAUGAUCGUACGCCUGUGUUGAGGUAUUAGAGUUACAAAAAUCACCUUAGCUUUGUGGGACCCUGAUCUACUCGUUGAUCUUAGCACCACGAUAUAUUAAAGUAUAUAGGAGUUAUGGUGACCUUAGCGCUAAGAUCACUUUGUGGAAUGGGUCCCUGAUCUACUAGGUGGUCUUAGCACCCCAAUAUGUUAAAGUACCGGUAUAUAGGAGUUAUGGUGAACUUAGUAUUAAGACCACAUUGUUGGUCUACUAGGUGAUCUUAGCACCACGAUGUCUUAAAGUAAAUAGGAGUUAUGGUGACCUUUGCGCUAAGAUCAUUUUGUGGAAUGGGUCCCUGACCUACUAGGUGAUCUUAGCACCCCAUUAUGUUAAAGUAAUAUAGAAGAUAUGGUGAACUUAGCAUUAAGAUCACUUUGUGGGACCCUGAUCUACUAGGUGACCUUAGCACCCCAAUAUGUUAAAGUAUAUAGAAGAUAUGGUGAACUUAGCAUUAAGAUCACUUUGUGGGACCCUGAUCUACUAGGUGACCUUAGCACCCCAAUAUGUUAAAGUUUAUAGAAGAUAUGGUGAACUUAGCAUUAAGAUCACUUUGUGGAAUGGGUCCCUGAUUAUGUUACUCAUGUCUCGUUACAGAAAUAUGCAUAAUGAUGUUACUUUAAUUCAUUUUUACUGUUAUAACAUAGUCUCUAUACAUGUAUUUGCUUCAGUACAGACCUCAUCUGUUUUCUGUGACACACUAGUAUGUUUUAUUUGUGUGGCCCCUAUUUUGGAGAAGAUGUUGCCAAUUAUGUUGUUACGUAAUUCAUGUUAAUGGCACCCUGUUCCAGUGUACCAGCCCUGGUUAUGGAUGAAUGACAUUGUUUUCUGACUUUACCAACAUAGCCAUAACUAAUAUCGCAUAUGAGUGUAUGGAAUACAUACAACAUGAUUACAGUAUUUCCAGUGUUCAGGGCUCAUCUUAAUAGUGUACAAGCUCAAGCUUUGGAUGUUUCACCUAUUUAGACCUGUGCAGAUGAUAAUACCUGUCAGCUCUCAGGUGGAGAUAGUCCUUUGUACCUCAAGAAAGGGGAGAUAACUCCCCAUUUUCUAUGGGAAAGGGAGAUAACUCCUUAUUUCCUUAGAAAUGGGGGAUAACUUCUUGUUUCUCAUGAAAAGGGGAGUGAACUCCUUGUCUAGAAGCAUCUCAGUCAGCCGUUGAUCAAUUCCAUCAUUUAACCUCGUGUGUAAUGUAAGUAUAUCACCUUAUUCUAAAUACUAGAAUGAGAGUUGCCAGUCAUUGCCUGAUCAUGAAGCUGAUGUUUCUGUGUACAAGCUAACAUGUGACCUUAGUUGUCUUCUUACCUGUCCAUUUCAACUUCGGUGCCCAUCCUCAUUCAAAAUAAAACAGCAUUCAAUAAAAUUUAUUGAAAGACUU